UUUUACCAAAUUUUUCCCCUAAAACCCAAAAACGAAAAAACCCCAAAUUUCCCCCCAAAUUUUUCUUAGUUCUCUCAUCCAAAAGCACAAAUUUUGAAGACCAAAUGGCAACAAUUUCAGCAUUUUCAACUCCUUUGCAUUUAAUCUCCAAAAUCCAUUUUAAAUCUCCCAAAAACCUCUUCUUUUAUCCAAAUUCUAUCCAUUUUCAGACCAAAGUUUCCACCUUUUCUUCCAAUAACUUGACCUUAUCCUUCAAAAACAGCGAAACUCUUCACGGUACUUGGAAACUCAAGUCUGCAGAAGAAGAAGAAACAACUGUUGUUGAACAAGAACGAGAAGAAACAAUUGUCGCCGAACAAGAGUCUGUUUCCCCCCAAUUUCCCCAAAUCGACAGUCCUUUUAUUUUUCCCAAACCAUUUCUCCCCUACCCCGAUUCCCUUUAUUUUUGAAUUUGCAACAAUAUGGGAAGUCAUCCAAGCUAUCACUCAAUGCUUUUGAAUUUGUUUUUUUUUAGGGAAAAAGUUCAAUGCUUUUUUAAUAUUUUCAUAAUUUUAAAACCCGCCAAAGGAAAAUCUUGCCAUAGCUGUAAGUUUAACCUCGUAUCAUUCCGCUCUGGAACAUGCAUCUCUCCGCCGCGAUUAACUCAUUCAAGUCCUCCAAUCUCAUCUCAUGGAAAACGACCGGUAAGCUUCAACAAACCCUAGCGGGAUGCAUCGAACUGUAGGGAAAAACACCUUAGUCGGGGAAGGUUUCGAAGGUAAAGAUAUGGCCGGGAUUCACCGGCCAAGGAAGGUACUUUGAGUUUCACUCAAAUUUGAUUCCUGCAUCCAUCGAUUUUGUUCGAGAAUCGCUGUUGUGUACCUCUCUUUGCAAAGACGGAUACAAGAUUCGGACCGUCGAGCAUUUGCUUUCGGCUUUGGAAGCUAAAGGCAUUGACAAUUGUAGAAUUCAGAUUCAAAGUCUCGAUUCUGAGGAUACUGAGGUCGAGGUUCCUAUUUUUGAUGGGUCUGCAAAUGCUUGGGUAGAGGCAAUAGAACAAGUUGGCAGAAAAGAGGCCUUGGAUCGGAGUGGCAACAAUGUUGAGAAAUUGGCACCAUAUUUGAGUGAACCAUUUUAUGUUUCGAGAAAUGAUUCUUUUAUGGUUGCCUUCCCUGCUUCAAAGGUUCACAUAUCUUGUGGAAUUGACUUUCCAAAGGGGCUUUGGGAUGUAGAAAACGACAAUGAUGGCCAACAAGAAGGCUGCGUUUUGCGGGUUAUAUCCCAGUUUUAGCCAUUCUAUCUAAAAUGUUCUUUGCAGCGAUUGGGUUUAAUGUAGAGGUUGUACAAUACAACAACAUCAAGUUUCAAGUAUGGGAUUUAGAAAUUCAUAUGUUGGCAAUCUUUCUCUUUUCUAUGAAAUAGAGGAGAAGCUUAAGCAGGGUCACAACGUUGUACUUAUAUCAAACCAUCAUACUGAAGCUGACCCAAUCAUCAUCUCAUUGUUGCUUGAGAAAGCCAAUCCGCAUAUUGCUGAGAACAUGCUGCCGGGAUGGUACAUAGCAUGGCUAUUACUGAAGAUGGAGCAUUAUUUUAUUGGGUUUCCUCAGAUCCUCAUCUUAGAUGCAAACAGCUAUAUUCCCUUUGUGAGAAAACAAUCGUAAGCAUUUCUGCUAGUAAGUACUGGGCUGCUACUGCUACUGCUACAUGUGGGAUGGCAAGAAAAGUAUGGAAAAACCACAUUUUGCAACUCGGUUACACCGAGUUAAGGGAAAAAAGAUCCCUUAAAGAGUUGAUUUUGAGAGUUGGUCAUGAGAGAAUGUAACUUGUAAACAAUUUUCUAAUAUAGAAUGUAACUUGUAAACAGAACUUAUGUAAUUCUAAUGUAAUUCUAAUAUAGAAUGUAAACAAUUUUCUUAUGUAAUUCUAAUAUAGAAUGUAACUUGUUUUAA